GUUGGGUUGCGAAAUCAUGUGCUGAUGAUAUUCAUUUAUUUGUUUUAAUUUCGUGUUUAAAUCUCGUGUUCGUUUAUUUUUUAGUUUUUGUGAAAUUUCAUGAUUUUGUUUUGUCAAAAUUUAAAAUACAUUUAACAGUGUCCUGUGAAGUUUUACUUAAUACUUACUUACUAGUCCGUUAUCGUUGUCCCAAAAUAAAUAUUUUGACAAUGACCUCACAAGUGAACGAGUGGUAUCGAGGGAGGAGCAUCCUUCUGACGGGUGCUUCAGGGCUGAUGGGCAAAGUGUUGAUCGAGAAGCUUCUAUACAGCGUACCUGAUGUCGGCUACGUCUACGCCCUGGUGCGGAGCAAACGCGGGAAAUCACCGGAGGCACGCAUCGAAGAUAUGUGGAAACUCCCGUUAUUUUCUCGAAUAAGGGAAGAGAAGCCACACGUCAUGAAGAAACUGAUCCCUGUCACCGGAGACAUCAUUUACGACAAUCUUGGCAUUGAGAAACAUCACCUGGAGAAAAUAUAUAAUGAGGUGUCAAUAGUAUUCCACUUCGCAGCCAGUCUUCGUCUGGAAGCGCCCUUGAAAGAGGGCUUAGAAAUGAACACCAGGGGCACACUUCGAGUACUAGAGCUGGCUAAAAAUAUUAAAAAAUUGGAUUCUUUUAUACAUCUGUCUACAGCAUUCUGCUAUCCAGAUUUCGAGAGAUUAGCAGAAAAGGUCCACGACCCUCCAACAGACCCUCACGAGGUCCUCCGAGCAGCAGGUUGGCUCUCUGACCGCCAACUGGACCUCCUGUCUCCGUCCAUCUACCAGAAACACCCCAACUCCUACACCUACUCAAAACGAAUGGCCGAGGCGUUGGUCAGGGAGUAUUAUCCUUCGCUACCAGCUGCUGUCAUAAGGCCUAGUAUUGUAACCCCUUCGUACAAGGAGCCAACGCCAGGGUGGGUGGACAAUUUGAACGGCCCUAUAGGGCUGAUGGUGGGCGCUGGGAAGGGCGUAAUACGAUCCAUGCACUGCUACGGUCACUACCACGCUGAGGUCAUUCCUGUCGACAUUGCUAUUAACGCCAUUAUUGUUGCUGCUUACAAGAUUGGAUCUACUACUGAAAGGCCACCUGAAAUACCGGUGUUCAACUUAACGACGGGAGAUGACCGAAACACGACCUGGAAGCAAGUCCUGGACAUUGGGAAGGCCACAGUGAGGAAGUAUCCCUUCGAAGGUCCUCUAUGGUACCCUGACGGCAACAUUCGACACAACAAAUUCAUCCACAGUUUGUGUGUCUUCUUCUACCACAUCGUGCCGGCAUAUCUAAUUGAUUUCUUACUCUUUCUAUUUGGACAAAAGAGAUUCAUGGUUCGAAUCCAAAACAGAAUCUCAGUUGGUCUCGAGGUGCUGCAGUACUUCACAACGCGGGAGUGGUGGUUCGAUACAAACAACUUCAAGACUCUGGCUGCGAUGCUGAACCAUGUGGACACGGAGAUAUUUCCUAUGGACUUGAGCAUUAUCGAAGACGAGCCUUACAUCGAAUGCUGCAUGUUGGGCGGGAAGAUGUACUGCUUGAAGGAGAAACUGGAGAAUCUGCCGAAAGCGAGACUACAGAAUAAUAUUCUGUUCAUCCUGGAUCGCAUGGUGACAAUAUUCUGGUACCUCUUCUUCUUGUAUCUCCUGGCUUCGUACUUUCAACCAGUACGAGAGGUGCUGUCUUACGGAGGGCCUCUCGUCAGAUACUUACCUCUAGUCGGUAAAGCUGUUUUUACUGACUAG